UGUCAGUCGGUGGGCAGGAACCGUACCAUCAUCAAAUAUCACAAUCCCAAAUUCGCGCUUAUAUCUCACCAAAUACACAACACACAAACACACAUACACACACACUCACACACGACACACAUCACACCAACACAAAAUAAGUAUCCAGUGCAUCACAUCCUCGAUCGUAUAUGUAAUAAUAUAUAAUAGAAUACAUAAGACAGAGAGAGAAAAAAAGAGACAGAGAUCGCAAAACGAAAAUACACAAAACAGAGCUUACACACUCAUAUGCGCACAAAUACGAUCGGACCGCGAAGAUAAGUGCAUUUUGGGGUGAAUUAUAAGAAAAGAACGAAGUUUUUUUAUGCAAAGUUUUGCUCAAAACGUGGACAUAUUGACGCAAGGACUAAAAUACGGUUUAACAGGACUCAUGAACCUCGCAAAUCCGGCUGCCGAUCCUCAGAGUGGUGUUUUCUAUGUUAACUUCAAUCAGGACUGCACAUCCUUGGCUGUGGGCUCUAAGACUGGCUACAAACUCUUCUCUCUCAACUCGGUUAACCACCUAGAAAAGAUCUUCGAAAAUGACACGGAAGACAUAUGUAUUGUGGAAAGGUUGUUCAGCAGCAGCCUUGUGGCGGUCGUCAACGUAUCAUCACCCCGUAAGCUCAAAGUGUGUCAUUUCCGAAAGGGCACCGAGAUAUGCAAUUACAGUUACUCGAAUACGAUAUUGGCUGUGAAGCUCAACAGAUCGAGAUUGGUUGUAUGCCUUGAAGAAUCUCUGUAUAUCCACAAUAUACGGGACAUGAAGGUGUUGCACACGAUACGGGACACGCCGCCGAACGUAUCCGGUCUUUGCAUAUUAUCGGCUCACAAUGCCUCUUACGUCGCAUAUCCAGGCUCAAACACCAUUGGAGAGGUGCAAAUAUUUGAUGCCAUCAAUUUCCAAGCUAAAACCAUGAUACCUGCGCAUGACAGUCCGUUGGCAGCCCUCGCUUUUAACCUGGAGGGUACCAAAGUCGCGACAGCUUCGGAAAAAGGCACCGUCAUAAGAGUUUUUCAGAUACACGAUGGAACGAAACUUUUCGAGUUUCGUCGAGGCGUCAAAAGAUACGUUUCGAUAAGCAGUCUUGCAUUUUGUAUGGACUCCAUGUUCCUAUGUUGCUCGAGCAAUACGGAAACUGUUCACAUCUUCAAACUCGAGGAACCCAAGGAAGCCCCGAAACAAGCGCCGGAGGAACCACAGAGCUGGAUGGGUUUUCUGUCAAAAGCUGUUUCAGCCUCCGCGAAUUACUUGCCAUCACAAGUCACUGACGUAUUCUAUCAGGGGCGAGCUUUUGCGAGCGUUCAUUUGCCGUUUCAAGGAUUGAAGAACGUUUGUGCCAUAACUGAAAUUCAAAAAGUUCUGAGGCUGCUGGUGGCCAGUGCGGACGGAUAUCUCUACGUCUACAAUUUAGAUAUGACCGAAGGUGGCGAUUGCACACUGCUGAAACAACACAGAUUAGACGGUAAGCAAGACGAGGUGGAUUGUGCCGGCGUGUCGAGCGCAGGUACAGGAUCCGGCGAGCCCGGUGCCUCGGUCACACCCGCCGCUCCGAUAGUACAAAACCCAGCCUGCAUAAAUAGCUACGCGGGUGCGUUGCGCGGCCGUUCGCCAGACUCCAUGUCAGGAAACACAGUCGGAAAAGUAUCACGAGAUGAUAGCAGCGACGGAGAGUCCGCCGAAGGAAGGAGGCACCUUUCGGCUUAACGACGACACGGAAUUCCCACCGGUCACCCAGAGGACCGAUUGAGCCGUCGGGCGACCGAACCAUAUCAAAAUCGAAGACAAAUCAACAGCUUUCAUUCGACGAAGGAGCUGCGAAUUCCCUUCGAUUAAUUCAACGGAUGAAUCGGUGGAAGAGAGACACCCACGAGAUUUGAGGGGCGAGGCGAGCGGACGAGGAAGGCCGGAAGGAGCACCGAAAACCACGUCGGAGCUGCGACGAGGCCGAGUCGACGUCGCUCGACGCACGAGCAUCGUCGCCGAGUCCGGAAACUAAACAUAUUUACCCCGAUUUGCAAUCAUUUUUUAUUCGAAUUCUACGCGAAACUGGAUUUUUGCGCGAACCAUCGCUUUUUUAUUCCUCGAACUGCUCCAAGGCCAGGGAGCUCGGGAAAAAGAGGGCAGAAUCCAUGUCGCGAUGAGUUCUAGCUGAAAUAUAAUAUUUAUAGAGAAAAGAUGAAUGGAAAUGAUGAAAAACGAGAACACACAGACACGCCAAGUGUUCGCUUACUCCUCAUCGUACAUCGUUAGACCAAUUUUUUGUUAUUAUCACUGCUUCGCAAGUUUUCGAAGGAAUUGGUGCCACGCAAUGAUGCGGCCACUUCUCUUUAGCAAUUUUCUCUUUUUUCUUUCACUUGCGACCGAAUUAUUCAUGAAUUUUACAAUUUUCGACUGUAGAAUAAUUUACUCUCCAUUCUCUUAUCGUUUCCCCCAACUUAUUAUUCCAUACGUCGAUGUCAGUGUGUCGCGGACUGAUGCAAACUCCACUUUAAACUCCCCGCGAAUCAUUUCGAGCUUAAAAACUUUCGGAAAUCCCCGUUACUUCGAGAUACCAAAUUUUUGCACUUUCAGAGCAGCCAAAAUAGCCAAGAAAUCGCGUUCCGUCUCAUUCGACUUUACCCCCACUGGAUCAUCGAGUUUUUCAAAAAAAUUAAUAUCGACCGAAACACCACCUGGUAUUUUUCCACUGUAACAGGUGCUGCCGAAGUCAUUUGUUGGAGGGAUCCCGAUCGAGGGCCGGGGAGACAUUGUAAAUACGAGCGUUUUUUCAAUUAAUUUAUAAAACGCCAUUCGAAUACUUUGAGCGCUGUUCGAAGCCAAGAGCUUUUCAAAUGUCCAAAAAUCAGGGCAAAAAAAUCCAAGUGUCAUUUCGUUUGUAAUUUUUCCUGAGAAAGGAAAAUUUGAAUAUUUUUAUUUUCAUUGCGAAACAAUAAAUACGAAUACGCUCUAUUUUGUCAA